AUGCAUGCAAAUAUCAGAUUUGAAAAUCCUGUAGUUUUAUAUGAUUUAUCAAGAUCACAAGUAACACAAGAACAAAAUAAUCUAGUCAUUCAGGGUAGUUUUCAUCAAGGAAAUACCAGGUUUGGUGAAAACGCUGGGAAACAAUGUGUUAGUAAUUGUUUAUCUGCAAUAGUGCAUAGUAAACUGAAACCAGUUUUUGCAUGGAACAAGUUAUAUCUUGACAAUAUACUAAUUGAAGGUAACGAUAUUUAUACAUCUGUGCACGGUACUAAUAAUUAUCUUUGUGUGGAAGAUCUUCCAGAAUUUGUAGAUCUUAGAAAUCGUAUUAUUCAUUGUCACAAGAAACGUUCCAUUUGUGCAUUUGUACAUGACGUUGACCCAGAUUUUGAUGGCGUUUUACCUUUAGACCAAGCCCUGCAAUAUGCAUUAAUAGACUCAGACGGAUGCUUUGUUACUGUAAGAGCAACAACAUCAUUAGUAAUAAAGCAGAAUAACAAAAUAUAUAUGUUUGAUUCUCAUGCAAGAAAUCGUUUUGGUUUAAUAGAUAAUUAUGGUUCUAGUAUUGUAUUUGAACUUGCUGACAUUCAAGCUGUUUACCAACACUUCUGUAAUUUUGUUCAGGGUGAUCAAUCUGUACCUUUUGAUGUAACAGGAAUUACUGUUGCAAUACAAGAAACAGUUGACAGUAGUGUAGAUAUGACAUUGCAAGAUAAUAUGCAACAUAUUGAAAUACAAGAUAGUGUACCAAUAUUAGGUUAUUUAGAUAGUAAGCAUAGUAUUGAAGAAAAUGAGACUAAUGAAGAAACGCUCGACAAUUUAAAGGGAGGAUUGUUGAAAAAUACCAAAAGACGUGUAUCUGAUCUUUCAAAUGACAUUGAAUCAGACAUAUUAAUGGACAUAUCACACAAUGUAUCAGAUGACAUUGAAUCCGACAGGUUAAUGGACAUAUCAGAUGACAUGGAAUCAGUAGAUUUUUCAAAGGUAGGGUCUCCAUGUACAUUUGUUAGAGAUAAUGAAGUUUCUGAUAUAGAAAUAAUGUCUGAUUGUAGAUCCAAUUAUUCCUUUAAGCCAUUAGAUUUCUACUCUAAAAGGGAACUCUGUGGACUAUUGAAUAUAUCUUCAAAAGAAGUGAAAAAAAACAUGUGCAGUUCAGAAUUGUGUAAUAUUGGCCAUCCCUUUGAAACAAAGUCCAUCAUAGCAGACGGAAACUGUCUCUUUAGAGCAAUAUCUUAUGCUGUUUCACAUACACAAGUAUUCCAUAAAAAAGUAAGACAAGACAUUAUUAAGCAUAGCUUGAGCAUUUCAAAUCAUUUGACUAGUCUAUUAGAAAACCAAUAUGGUACAGUAGAAGAACAUAUAAGUGGUCGAAAAAUGAGAGAGAACAAUUCAUGGGGAACUGCAUUGGAAAUAAUCGCCGCAGCAGACCUUCUAAAAACGGAUAUUUAUACGUUUUAUAAUGGAGUAUGGAUAAAGUAUUCAUCGUCUCAAAUUCACACAAACAGUGAAAUAAAUGAUAGAGCAAUCUAUCUUCAACACAUCAGAGACUUACAACACUAUGAGGUUGUAUUAUCAGUUAUACCAGAGAUGCACAAACCACCUGAAAAUAAGGGAGUUGCAAUGAAAAGGAAAUGUGAGCAAAAUGAUUUAUUUGUUUCAAAGAAAUACAGAAAACAAGAUCAACAGACGAGUGGUUUAAAUAAUGAAAACAAUUCUUCUGUUAUAUCGUCACAGAAAGGAAUUCAUUCAGACAAAGCUAUAAAUGAAGUACAAUACUUAUCAAAAUCUGAAAAACAAAAAUUAAAGUAUCAAACAGAUUCUCAAUCAAGAAAAAAAUUGAAAGAGGCAGCCAUUCACAAAUAUGCUACUGAUGAUGCACACAAAAUUAAAAUUAAACAAGCAAGCAUUCACAAGUAUGCUACUGAUGAUGAACAUCAAAAUAAGUUGAAACAGGCAAGCAUUCACAAGUAUGCUACUGAUGAUGAAUAUCAAAACAAGGUGAAACAGGCAAGCAUUCACAAGUAUGCUACUGAUGAUGAAUAUCAAAGUAAGGUGAAACAGGCAAGCAUUCACAAGUAUGCUAAUGAUGAUGAACAUCGAAAGCAUGUUAAAAGUCAGACUUUGUCUAAAAGAAUUCUUUCUAAAGAAGAAGGAAAAGACAUGUCAAAAGUUAUUGAAAAAUUUAAGAAAGAUGUAUGUGAAGGACCUGAAUACAUUUGUGCUUGCUGUUUUAGACUUUCAUUUCAAAAUCAAGUAAUGGAAUAUAAGAAGGAUUUGUAUCAAAAGGAUUCUGUAAAAGAUGUAGCAGACACUUGCAUUUCUGAUAAGUAUUUGCAUAAAUGUUUAGACGAAUGCGAAGAUGAAUGUAAGUAUCAAGGAACUAGUAGACAAUCCCUUUGGAUUUGUUACACAUGUCACAGAAAGAUCCAGAAAGGAAAAGUGCCUGCUGAAUCUUUUUUUAACAACCUAUUAUUAGAUGAUGUUCCUAAUGAACUUAGCAAAUUAAAUCAACUAGAACAACAUUUAAUUUCUCUUAAUAUACCUUUCAUGAAGAUAAUUGCUCUACCUAAAGGUGGCCAAAAGGCAGUUCAUGGACCAUGUGUUUGUGUACCGUCAGAUAUUUUUAAGGUAACUACUACUUUGCCUAGAUCUGAAGAUGACAAUUGUUUAGUUAAAGUGAAGCUCAAAAGGAAAUUACAAUAUAAGGGUUAUGAGGAAUAUCAAUUUGUUGAUACUAAACAUUUAGAAGAAGCAUUGCUAUUUUUAAAAGAAAAAAAUGAGUGGUAUUCAAAUAUAGUAAUCAAUGAAAAGUGGUUGAACCCUAUUCCUUUACAAAAUAAGGACUGUUGCCCUGAAGUAGAGAGCAUGGACACUUCAACAACAACAAAUGAAACGCUAAAUGAUAAUUUGCAAGAUAGGUCAAAUACAGAGGAACAAACAAAUGAAGCGGAUACAUACUUAGAUGAUACUUUACAGGGCGUUCAGUUGGACACAUGUUUACAGCCUGCUGAUAUUGCACAGGAAGCUUUAGAUGCAUUGUUUGAUAAGGAAUUCAAUCUAUCACCUGCAGAGGAAAAUAACCCUGUAAGUCUUUUGAGAACAAAGGGUAUUGAAGCUCAAACGUUUCCAGUACAUUAUCCUACAGGUAAAAACACAUUGAAUGAAGAGAGAGAAGAAAAGUUAUCUUUAUUAAGAUAUUUCAAUCUGAGAUUAAUGAGUGUAGAAAACCGAUUUGCAAGAGAUACUUCUUAUAUAUUCUUUUGUCAAUAUAUGUCUGAACUAGAUAGAGUUAUGUCAAAUGUUCAAAUUUCCUUAAGGAAAGGAUCGGUGUUUUCAAAUGGAAAGAAAGUAACAGGCAAAAUGCUAUGUGAUAAAGACACAUUACAUGGGUUAUUCCGAAAAGAUGAGGCAAUAAAGUUUAUGAAACCUGUAAGAGGAACACCUCCUUAUUGGCAAGCUGAACAAAAGAAUAUUUUUGCUAUGAUUCGCCAGUUAGGUAUUCCCACAUUCUUUGCCUCGUUUUCUUCUGCAGACUUCAGAUGGAAAGAAAUCAUAGAAACAAUAUUGAAGCAACAAGGAGAUAUUCGUAAGUUUGACGAACUUACUUGGGAUGAAAAGUGCAAAGUCCUUUGUAGUAAUCCUGUUACACCUGCACGAAUGUUUGAUCGUAGAUUUAAAAAAUUUCUAAAAGAUGUUAUAAUGUCAGAUGCUCAACCAAUUGGUCAUGUGAUAGACUACUUUUAUAGAGUUGAAUUUCAACAGAGAGGUUCUCCACACACGCACUGUUUGUUCUGGGUAGAAGAUGCCCCAAAAUUUAAUGAAGAUGAAGAUGAUAUUGUAACUGAGUUUGUUGACAAAUAUAUAACAUGUAAACUACCGCUGGAAACCGAGGACUCAGAGCUAAAAGACAUUGUCACAACUGUACAACAACAUAGCAAAACACAUUCAAAAAGUUGUAGAAAAAAGGGAACUGUGUGUCGUUUUAAUUUCCCAAGACCACCCUCUGAAAAAACAUUUAUAUCACGCCCACCUAAGGAUGAUGAAGAAGAAUGUAGUGUUGCUGAUGACACUGAUGAAGAUGUUGACGAUGAUGUUGUUGAAAAACCAAAAUCGGGAAUUAGUUCAUUAGAAGCUAAAAAGAUAUUAGAAUCUCUAUGGGCUGUAAUCAAAGACUGUGAAAAGGAAAAUUUAACUACUACGGAGUUAUUCAUAAGGGCAGGAGUAUCUCAGGAAGAUUUUCAAGAAUGCUUUAGGUCAGUUACAUAUAGAAAUACUGUGGUGUUAAAAAGAAACAAAAAUGAAAUGUUUAUCAAUCAGUACAACCCGCAUCUCCUGAAAGCAUGGGACGCAAAUAUGGAUAUACAAUACAUAUUAGAUGCUUAUUCUUGUGUUGUUUAUAUAAUAAGUUACAUCAGUAAAUCAGAACGUGAACUUGGAUUGUUGCUACAACAAACAAAAAAUGAGGCCGCUGAUGGAAAUUUGAAUGCACAACAUACAAUGAAACAAGUAGGUACUGCAUACUUUCACUUUCGAGAGCUGAGUGCCCAAGAAGCUGUUUUUAGAGUGAUCGGCUUAAGUUUGAAAGAAUGUUCAAGAAAAGUUGAAUUCAUUCCAGUUGGAGAAAAUCCAUGUAAAAUGAGUAUUCCUCUAAAAGAACUUUUAAUCAAAUCUAAAAGCGCAAAUACAAAAAAACCUUCAAAGGAAAUCGAUGAUGAUGAUGACAUUGAUGACGGUGAUGAUAUCGAACUUUGGAUGAAAAGCAUUACUGAUAGAUAUAAAAGUCGACCAGAACUUGAAUUAUUUAAUCAGAUGUGUUUAGCUUCAUUUUGCUCCGAGUUUUCAGUUUUAGCAGAAACACAGGUUCCAAAUAAAAUAAAUGAAGAUACCACAUUCAAACUUAAAAAUGAUAUGGGAUACAUCAGAAAGCGGACAAGAACCCAGCCUGCUAUUAUCAAAUAUGCACGAUUUUCCAUUGAAACAUCGCCUGAACAGUACUACCAAAGUAUUUUACAGUUAUAUUUACCUUACAGAUUAGAGGAACAGUUGAAACCGCCACAAUUUUUGACAUAUGAAUUGUUUUACAAAUCAGGAAUGGUCAGGUAUAAUCAGAAAGAGGUUCUUGUUAAAGUCGAACAAAUAGUUAAUACUAACAUGUCCAACUUUGUGAAAAGUGGCAAAGAGCUAGAAGCUGCAGAAAAAAAAUUGGAAGAAAAUGAUUACCAAGAAGAUGCGUGGGCAGACCUAUGUCCAGAAACAGAGAGUGAAAGACGUGAAUGCACUGAAGCAGCCAAAUCUUCAACUGUCAUAGAAGUCGACAGUCCUGAAUUUGGAAUACCAGAUUUAAAUAAAAGUAACAAGCCAGAAAUAGUUAGUGGAAAUGGGAUUAAAACUUGUUUACUAAGGUCGGAAGUUAUACCCUUGUUGAGAGGUUUAAACAUGAAACAAAGGCGUAUUUUCUAUAAGGUAAGAGAAUGGUGCAACCUAAAAGCCAAUGGUAAAAAUCCCCCUCCCUUUCACGUCUUUGUAACAGGCGGAGCUGGAACAGGAAAAAGCCAUCUGAUUAAAUGCUUACAUUAUGAAACCACAAGAAUUCUUGCUCGCUGCUCUCCUAGUCCAGACGAUUUGACAGUUUUAUUGACUGCACCAACUGGCACUGCAGCCUUCAAUAUAAAUGGAUUGACGAUUCACCAUGCUCUUUCUAUUUUCAAAACUCUUACUGUUGACAAAGCGAUGCUUGGUGAAGAUAAGCUGAACACUUUAAGGUCAAAAUUAGAAAAUUUACAAAUUUUAAUCAUAGACGAAGUCUCAAUGGUCAACAAGAGGUUGUUAUUCUUCAUUCAUGAACGGUUGCGUCAGAUCAAGAAAAGACCUGAAAAAGAUCCUUUUGGUGGGGUUUCAGUGAUAGCUGUUGGAGAUUUUUUUCAGUUACCACCAGUAAAAUGCCGAAAAACUGAUAAACUUUAUGUAGAUGAUCCAUCGAAUCCUUUGAACUAUCUGUGGAACGAUUUCUUCACUAUUGUAGAAUUAGAUGAAGUCAUGAGACAACGUGAAGAUGGUUUGUUUGCUCAGUUAUUGAAUAGACUUAGGAUAAAAGACAAAUAUUCUCCGUUAGAAUCCUCAGAUUUAAAAAUGUUAAAGCAGUGUAUAGGUAGUGGGACAGAUGAAGCUUUACACAUUUAUGCUACUAAUAAUGAGAUUAAUAUUCACAAUACUGAAAUGGUUAUUAAACUGUCCAGUGAACCUAAGUUAAUUGAAGCACAAGAUUUUGAAAAAAAUAAAGCUACAGGAAAACUAAGAAAGAAAACAGCAAAUUUUUCACAAACUGAUAUUUGUCUCCCAACUUCAAUUCUAUUAGCUGAAGGAGCCCGCGUAAUGCUGAAAAAGAAUGAAGCCGUCAAUGAUGGCUUGGUAAAUGGGGUAAUGGGCACUAUUGUCAGCAUUGCAGAAUUUUUAGAAGGGUCUUUGCCGAAUGUUAUUUUUAUCAAUUUUGACAAUGAGAGAGUAGGAAAAAACGCUAAGAUUCAAAAAACAAUAAAUGGGAAAAGAUGCGUUGGAUUGGAACCAUCUACAGAGGACAUACCAUUCAAAAAUGGAACGAGAAAACAGUUUCCUUUGCAGUUAGCAUGGGCAUGUACUGUUCAUAAAGUUCAGGGUUUGACAGUUUCACAAGCAGUUGUGGAUUUGAAUAAAUGCUUCACUUAUGGCCAGGCAUAUGUUGCAUUGAGUAGAGUUACUACAAAAGAAGGGCUUCAUAUAUUACCAAUUGAUGACAAAACACUUGGUAAAAAAAUAUACUGUGAUCCUGAUAUCAUAAAAGGCAUAAAAACAAUGAAACAUUAUCUGACUGAAAAUGUAGAAGCAUCAUCUGAAGAAACACUUGUAACUAUUGUUUAUCACAAUAUCCAAGGACUAAGAGCUCAUAAAAAUGAUUUAGUGGCUAAUUCAGACUGUUCAGAUGCAGAUUAUGUCUGUCUGACUGAAACAUGGCUUGAAUCUUCCUCUGAUCAUGUUUAUCUUCCUAACUAUGAUUUUUAUCACCAACCAAGAUCUGCAGCCUACACACCGACUAAUUCUGUGUUUAUGAAUUUGCAAGCUAUGGGCCACGGAGGAGUUGGAGUAUAUGUAAAAACAGAUUCUGAAUAUGAAAAUUGUAACAUUACCGUGGAAAAUCUAGAAUGUAUGACUUUCAGAAUCCCCACCAUGAAUGUCCUUGUGGCAACAAUAUAUAGAACUCAGAAGUAUCAAAUUGGAAUAUUUCUUAAAACAUUUAUUUCGUUUGUAAGCAAAUUGACUGAACUUUCAAACAAUAUCAUUGUUUUAGGUGACUUUAAUCAAGACAUAUUAAAGGGAGAAAGAUCCAUACUGGACUAUAUGACUUCAAAAGGAUUUCAACAGCUAGUGGAAGAGGCCACAACAGAAGGUGGUACAUUGAUUGAUCAUGUCUAUGUCAAAGGUUGCUCAAAAGUAGAAGUUAAAGGCAUUCCAACUUACUACAGUUAUCACGAUGCUGUAUCCAUAAUGCUUAAAGAUAGCCGAUAA